AUGCAUCAGGUCCGGCGGUCCGUCGUGCACCCGUGUCGCUUGAUUGCUCGUCGCCGCUAUCCUGUGCCUGCGCCUUCACGUCGCUUUCAUAUCUCUCCGCAAUGUCGGUCAGCGCCACCUCACGAUCCUCAUGACGAUCCUUCUAUAUCACCGGAUACUUCCGAGAAUCACCAUUCUCCCAAGACCGAGGACAUUACCCCCAGAAAUGAAAUACCUCUCGCUAGCGUGGACAAGGCAGGUAGGCCAGCGUCAAGGCCAUAUGGCUCUGCUUUGCGCAGAGCCAUGAGAAGCCGCCAAUCGGAAGACCCACAAAAUCAAAAACAACAGGAAGCAUCUGCGAAAAUCCCUGACUGGUUUUCGGAACAAAAUAUGGUGACUCGUAGUCCAGAAGGUGCUAUACAAAUCCAGCAAGUCGUCAUCACAAAAUCGAAACCAGUCCCCGAUUUACCUAAACCAGAAACAAAGGAAACAAUGGCUACUGGCGGUGGAGAGGAUCCUUCCUCGCCUGGUGAGGAACCUUCUGAGCAGCAUAAAUAUGCUGUGCCGGAAGAAUUAUGGGGUGAAUUGCGCGCAUCGGUCAAGUCAGGCCUGAGACUGCCGCCUGCGCAGUAUGCGGCAGAACCUGCCGCGAAGAAGUCACACCUUGUUCUUCAGUACCCGGGAUAUGAUGGUAUUCCGUUUUUAGAUGCCGUGGUGCGACAAUUAUCCAGUGAUUUAAAAACAGACCUCAUCACUCUCAGCGCUCAAGAUAUUGCUCAACUUUUCAGUGAGCAAGACCUCACGGAAACAGGUUCAACAUCAGCGAUCCGUUCCCUUGGUUAUGAGGUUCAUCGGCCCCCAGUCACAACCUGGCCAGAUUCAGGCGAGGGAGAGGUUGAGGGAGAUGAUGAUUUUGCGGAUAUAGCUGGAGCGUCACAUGGGCGAACAGAGGUUAGCACUCCUAGAUUCAUCACGAUCGAGUCUGGUAAGGAGCCUGGCGAUGUUCCAUUGCCCAACUGGCUUGGUUUGAAGUCUCUUGUUGCAUCGAUAAAUGGACAGGGAGACCAGGAGCCAGGGCCAAGACACCUCGGCCAACGCGCGGAACAACGCUGGACCCGCCUUCUCAACGAGGUGAUAUCUUCGCUUGGAUGUGCUCCUGAACAAACGCCCAAGGAAGCAGAGAACUCUCCUGAGACGGAUCCCCCUGUUCCUGUGCUUCCUCGAGACACGAUCAUUCAUAUUCAGGAUUAUCGUGAAAUACAAAGCACAAGAGAAGGAUCUCGGGUAAUAACCUUGUUACAAAAGAUCAUUCAAGAAAGACGUAAAGCCGGAUCUCGCAUUGUUUUCAUUGGGAGUACAUCUCAAGAACUUCGUCAUGCUCCCUCACAGGAUGGAUCCAAGAUACUACAAAAUGUGUUUGAUGACAACUUCUCAAAGACCCUGGUGGUCACUCCAUCUAUGGAUGCAAAGGCUGCCGAGAAGAAAUUUUCUCAAGAUCAAAAAAUUCGCAUCAUGGAUAUCAACAUUCGCCAUCUACAGACUAUGUUGCGUUUUCGCUUGCAUGAGGCUACGGGUACUGCUAAGGACGACAUAUUUGGCAACCGUGCCUGGCCGCUUGAUUCAUCAACAAUUAAACAUUCUGGCAUCAAAGAAAGAUUCUGGUCUUAUAAUCAAGUACACUGGGUUGCUACUCUGGCCCUUGGCAGUGUAGAACCUGGCGAAACCUUUGGCUUCGAACAUAUUCGGCGUGGAAUUGAUCUCAUGGAAAAGGGAGAUCAAAUCACAAACGACUGGCUGCAGGAGAAGACUCCCAAGACAACGACAGAUUCCAACGCCGGUCAGAGCCGAGAACAAUUAUUGAGUUCUUUGCGCAAAACGUGUACUACGCAUGAAAAGAAACUUCUUAACGGUGUUGUGGAUGCGAAGAGCAUUCGAACUACCUUUAAUGAUGUACACGUCCCACCGGAGACUAUCGAUGCCCUCAAAACUCUCACGUCUCUUUCGCUCAUUAGACCCGAAGCUUUUACCUAUGGUGUACUUGCAACAGACAAGAUCCCAGGUCUUCUCUUAUAUGGACCCCCGGGUACGGGUAAAACACUCCUCGCAAAGGCCGUUGCGCGUGAGAGUGGAGCUACCGUCCUCGAAGUCAGUGGCUCAGAGGUAUACGAUAUGUACGUUGGUGAAGGCGAGAAGAACGUAAAGGCGAUUUUCACCCUUGCUAAGAAAUUGAGCCCGUGCGUCGUCUUUAUCGAUGAAGCAGAUGCUAUUUUCUGUUCGCGUACCGGUGCUAGCAGUCGCACCUCUCACCGCGAACUGAUUAACCAGUUUCUCCGCGAAUGGGACGGUAUGAACGACCUCUCUGCAUUCAUCAUGGUCGCGACAAAUCGCCCCUUUGACUUGGACGACGCAGUUCUGCGCCGCCUGCCCAGACGACUCCUCGUUGAUCUUCCCACCGAGCAAGAUCGUCUCGCCAUCUUGAAGAUCCACCUCAAAAAAGAACAACUCGAUCCCGCCGUUGACCUAGUAGAGUUGUCGAAACGUACUGAACUAUACUCUGGUUCGGACUUGAAGAACCUCUCAGUUGCUGCUGCCUUGGCUUGCGUGCGAGAGGAAAAUGAUGCUGCGACUAAACACCAGGGUGAUGAGCCUUACGAGUAUCCUGCACGACGCAUUCUCACCCCCACACAUUUCGAACGCGGAAUGGAGGAGAUCGGUGCAUCGAUCAAUGAGGAUAUGUCUUCGCUUGGUGCUAUUCGCAAGUUUGAUGAACAAUAUGGUGAUCGCCGUGGCCGAAAGCCUAAAUCUAAGGGAUGGGGUUUUGGGCCUGCUCCUGAUGGACCUACUACUGAGUCGGUGCGGGUUCGGAAUUGA